AGAAAAAUAUUUAAUUAUUAUUUGAUUUUUGCAAUUUUUUUUUAAAUAUUAAAAUCAAAAUGGCGCGAAUGCUCUUCAUCCUCUUUUUGGUGUUUGCUGGAUACAAUGCUGUACCAAUAGAGCUAGACAACUACAUAGACUCGCUAUUGCCUGACGAGCUGAUGGGGAAUGGCAUUGAUGAUGGAGACGACGCCAUUGAUAUCUCCCACUUGGGCCCAGAUGCUUAUGGAUCGCCGAAGAACGAAAGCGGUGAAGCCCUCUCUCAAUGGACGGAAGACUCCCUCAUGAACCCUGAAGAAAUGGGAGAAUACGCAGAAGGUGACAUCCUCAUGCCCUCAGCUACAGUCAGGAACGGCAUGCGGGACCAGACCUUCCGGUGGGCGAAUGGCAUCAUCCCUUAUGUCAUUGAGGGGUACUUUAACCAGCAGCAACGCGACAUGAUCAUGAAGGCCAUAGCCGACUACCACCGGCUGACCUGCCUGAGGUUCGUGCAACGCCAGUCGCAGCAGGACUACAUCGCGAUUCGCAGCCAGAACACUGGGUGCUGGUCCAGUGUUGGGCGUAUAGGAGGCCGACAAGAAGUAAACCUGCAGGCCCCAGGCUGUGUCUCCAAGAAGGGAACAGUUCUUCACGAGCUACUUCAUGCCAUCGGCUUCAUGCACGAGCAGAGCCGCCCCGAGAGAGACGACUUCGUUACAGUCCAGUACAACAACAUUAAGCCUGGGACCGAGAACAACUUCAGGAAAGCUGAGAAGAAGAACACAAAUGACUUCGGGGUCACGUAUGACUACAACAGCGUCAUGCACUACUCUGAGUACGCCUUCUCCAAGAACAACAAGAAGACUAUUGAGCCCAAGGUGGGCGGAGUGACCCUUGGCCAGAGGGAAGGCCUCAGCAGGGGCGAUGUCAAGAAAGUCAACAACAUGUACAAUUGCAAGAAAAAUGAACCAGCCGGCAGUUCAUCUCAAGGCGGCUGGAUGGGAGGCAUUUGGCAGUCACUCUUCGGCAACAGGAUGGCCUAAAAUGAUCCUAAGCGCUACGAGUAUAGCAAUCUCAAAUUAUCUCUCGCACGAACCAAGGACUUCCCGUUGCUAGAAGAAUCUUCAUUAAGUAAUUGAAUUUCUCACUGAUUUUGAGUACGAAGCAUGUUUGCAUGUCUAUUUGUAUGGUAUUGCAAACAAAUGAAAUUUAAAAGCACUGUCUUGCAAUAUGGACAUUUUAGACAAUAAAAUUAAAUAUUGCUUAUUUAGUUCGUACUAUGAAACAAAGCUCUAAACUCGAUUUGAAGUCUUAAGCCUGUAAUUGGUUGAUUUUUUACUUGUUUAUUCUGAACAGAUUCAUAGUUCAGCGUUGUGUCGAGUACUACAGGCAAGACAGUGCAUUAUUUUGAUGUUAUUUUAU